UUGUCAGAUUGUUCAGUGUUGCAAUGAAAUGUCGAUCAGGUUGAGGUUGUUACUACUUGGUUUAAUUUAAGACACGUCGAGUAGUUUUGUGCAUCGAUUGCCAGGCUAGCAAAACGACACUUGUUAUUAGCACUAGUCAGUCGGUUGUUAAUUAUUGACAUGCCGUGUCAAAAGAAUAUGAUUGUUUUCUUGUUGAUUUGACAGUCUCAAUGCAGAGAGCCGAAGCGCAAUCAGCUGAUGGGGAUGGAUGGGUGGAGGCCGAAGAGGAACACAUUGAGCUCCUUGAUGGCAGUGAACAAGAAGCAAACUACGUUGGAGCAAAUAUGUCUCCUCCACGGCCAGGAUCAGAACUUGUUGAUGUGAGCCCACGGUCUCAGGCUGACGUCAUUGAUGCUGAUGGAGACCCCGCUGCUACUAGACAUACUGAGCAGGACAAUACUUCCCAGGUUGGGUCAGCAACCCAUUUUGCAAAGUCUUCAGAGGACAUGAAGGAAGAAGAACCACUGAUGGAGGAUGAGGAUGAGCUCAUUGUUCUUGAUGCUGAACAUCCUCUGGUUGCAAAGAAGCAAGCUGCACUGAAGAAGCAACUCAUCAAGGAUCUGGAGAGAGUCAAACUGGAUCUAAGCGAAGAGGUGGGUUUUGAGAAAGCAGAGGCGAGCCAAACAGAGGAAAUAUACGUGCAGCUGUACAGGGAACAGGAGAGGCUCAAACGUCUCCAGACAAGACUAGAUGACCAACAGCAGACCAAGGUCUUGUCUGAAGGAAAACAUCAAAAGGUGCAAGAUGAACUUGAGGCAGUAAAGUUAUGCCAGUCCAGCGCUACCACCCAGUGCAGUAACGCAAGAGCCGAUGUAUCCAACCUACAAACAGAGCUAGACAAACUGAACUCACAGCUCAAUUUCACUCAAGAAAUCAGUGAAGAUCUGCAUUCUAAUCUAAAAGCCAUGAAGAACAUCACGCGCAAAACAGCAGCUAAAAAGUCCCAAGUCGAAGACCAGAAACUCAACCAGGACAUGUAUGUGGAGCACCUCACAAAGGUCUUGGAGAGACUGACACAACAGAAGGAUAUCUAUGAGGCUCAGACCAAAGCCCAGGCAGAGACAACUGAGGCAACCAAGGAAGCUCUUUCUGAGGCGGAAAUGCAAAUGGUGUCUCUGGCGAUGUCACAGAAACAGCUUUUACAUCAGUGGAACAAGAGCCUGGUGGAUUUGAAGAGACGAGAUGACGACUUCAGAGCAAUGCAGGAGGCUAUACGGAUGGCUGAGCACCAAGUGAUUGUGCUGGACAGAGAGAUUGCAAGCAUUAAGAAAUCCAUCUCUGGGCGACAGGAAGAAAGCGAGACUUUGACCAUGCUGCUGAACUGUGGCCAGAUGGAUUGUGAUGUCACAAAAAAGAUGAUUACUCAGAAGCAGACCCAACAUGAAACUCUGUGGGCCCAAUACAGCAUCUACCUCCGUGCUUUGGGGCAGACGGAGCGGACACUCGCAGAACUCACGAAGGAGGACAGUAUUCUUGAGGCUGAGGUGACUGAUCAGAGACGAAAGCUGGAGAAAAACAAAGAAAAACACCUGGAACUGGAGAACUACAUCAUGACUCGAAUGCUACAGAAGCUCAUGGACAACAAGGCCGCUCAGUAUUACCAACGACUCACCAACAAGAAAGCCUCACUCAAGAAAGAGAAGGUCUAUCAGCUGUGGCAUUUGGAGAAUGAGAUAAUGUCAGCUAACGUGGAGAGUAAAGUGAUCGAUGAGAAACUGGAAAACUUGGCCCGAUCUCAGAGGGAGCUCGAUGAGGAAAUCACAAAAUACAACAAGGUGGUCGCAUCUAAUCAGGCUGACAGUUCUUCCAUUGAUGCACUUGUCACACAGAAAGAAACCGCUAUUGCUAACUACAACAAAAAAAAGGAUCUCAUCGCAGCUCGCACUGGGCAUGAAGACCUCAGUCCUCUGCAAAUCAAAGUUGAGGCAAUCAAGACUGAGUCUGAGGAAUUGUCAGAAAAAAUCAAGACUGAUCAGCAACUGUGGCUGAAGCAUCAGGGAACACUUGUUGGAUUGGCGCUAGAGAUUCAGGCUCACAACAAGGAAUACAACAAACUUCAGGCAAAGUACACUGUGAUGUGUCAGAAGAAGAUUUAUCUGGAGCGUCAGAUUGAAGUCAUGCACCGUGACGAGAAUGAGGUGGAGAAGAACAAUAAGAUGCUUCAAAGAGACUUGCUUAAGCUCAACACGCUUCUGAGCAAGAACACCCAGUUGGGCCAUGCUGUCGAGCAGGAGAACGCUAUGAUAGAGACCGACUUCCUUCACCAACUCAAGGAGGCAGAACGGGAGUCUGUUGCAAUGGAAUUGAAACUGGAGAAGACCCAGGGGGAAAAAGAGAAACUCCUCAGCAGUUUGCUGGAGGCUGAGCGACAGAUCAUGCUGUGGGAAAAGAAGACUCACCUUAUGAAAGAGACACGCUUAGUAGUGGAGGAGAGUCAUGGAGAAAUCCAGAUAAUGAAGGAAGACGUUCACCGUAUGGAGCGGCAGCUCAACCAGCUGAUGAAGCAGCGGGAGCAGCUCGUGAGGGAGAGUGUCGCGGCCGUGGAAAAGAGAGGAAACAUCAUCGAGCGCAAUGAUGCCCUGACCGGGAGCGCUAAAAAGCAAAUUACAAAGGGCGAGCUAAAUCUCAUCAAUGAUGGCUUGCGGCGCAAAAUAAAAGAAGCGCAAAAGAUGGUCAAAGAGUGGGACCAGGAGAUUAAAGAACACCAGGAGAGCUGGGUGAAUCUGAACAACAUUGUCGCACAUCACAAACAGCAGCUGAUGGACCUGUCUGGCAUCAGUGGUGUCCUUGAGGCUGAUCUUGCAAACAUUCAGGAUGCCAAAAGCAGGGACCAAGCUCAUCUGAUGGAAUUUCAGAGCAAGGCCAAGAAACUCCAAGAGGUGACAGAUGGAAAGUAUCGACCAUCAUCCUCAUCUGGAUCGGUGGAAGCAGCUACGCGGAGCCUAAAGGAACGUUUGCUCGCUGUCAGCGCCGUUAUAGAACGUGUGUGUGAGGAACUUCCUGAUCACCGAGCAGCUCUCAGUGCGCUGUUACUGCCAUUGGCAGCAGGCACACAAAGUCUCUCGGAGAAGGAAACAACAACAUGUGAAUGAGAUGCAAAAUACAGGAGAUAUACAGGCUGCAUUUUUCAGGUGCAUAAUGACAGUUCCGGGAAGACAUGGUUUCCAAAUUCUAGAAAGACAACUUGCAGGCUGGAUCUUUUGAUAUCUUCUAAGGUUCCUCCUUACGUAGCCUUCAUAAAUGCAUAAACUGUGAAGAAUUUGGACAGGCUUGAUGUGUAUUUGAACACCAAGUGGGGUCGAGUCAUGCCGAAAAGUGACAUGCUGCAGAAACUGCGGCCUUCGGAAGAUCCAGCCUGUGAAUUUGGACACGGGUAGAGAUUUUUUUUUAAAAUUGGCAGUUUCAGAAAUAUGUUAUUGAAAAGGGCAAGGUAUCUUUGGCACAAAGGCAGAAAAUAUCUUGGACUGGACUGGUGACAGUCACGGGGCACAUGAAGAGGGCAACUGUCAAAUGGAGAUCCCCCCAGACUCUCAAGCAUCUUUUCUCUUGCAUGCUCAAGAGGAAGUACCAAGAACUUGUGCAUCUUUAAAAUGAAACUCAUAACGUUUUGAUUCAAUUAACCGCUUUCAUGCUCCGUUGAUGAAACCUGCGUGACAGAACAGUUGCUGACUUGUGCUGGCGACUUGGAGUGUCUAUAAGUUCAGCUUACAACUGCACUCAUUCUAAGUGUGGUCAUGGAAAGCUCGAUUUUGAAUUAUAUAUUGUAAUUUGACAAAUGCCGAUUGUGGGACAGGAAAAGUUGCUAAGUAACAAUUAGCUUCCAGCAUGGAAUAGCUGCGAGAUAGAGAACAAGUCGAGGGAUUUGCGCCACCUUAUGGCUACUUCAUCAGUCACAAAAUCAAGCUCAUCCCAUGGCCAUCUCAAUCUCCAGACCUCAACCCCAUUGAAAGAUCGUCAAGUGAGCUCAAGAGUUUAAUGUAAAACCAGGUCGCUGGAUGAUUUGGAGGAUGAAGAUUGAUUGAGAUUUGUUUCUCUGUGUUGUCCCAUCUUGUGAGACGUUACAGGAAAUUAGGUGCUCUUUUGUCAACAAAUGGGGAUUGUAAAAUGUAUUAACAUCAGGGAUACUUAGAAUUGUGGCAGACUU